AUGAAAAAGGCCAAGUCUCAUGUUACUUUCAUGGUAACUGCUGAUAAAGGAAAGAAGAAAUUUUUCAAAGGUAACAGUAGCAACUCCAGUAAGAUGAAGAAAUCUGGGAAACCUUCUCAGCAGGCUACUGUCACUCCUCCAUCAGUGGCAGCACCACCAUUAACAGGAGGAUCCAAUACUAUUGUCCAAGACCCUGUCGCUAACACUAUGGGAGGAACUUUAUGGUUCCAGAACUUGACUGGAUAUCCACAUGGUGGUUUGGGGCCAAUCUUCCCUUUAAUGAUUGCCGGUUUACAUUUCGCUAAUGUUCAGAUUUCUUUUCAAAAAUCAUCACUCCAAAGGUUGCCUGGCAUCGUGGGAACACUAGCGAAGGUGGGUUCAUAA